UACCUGUUCUGUUAUAUCACACAUUCCUUGGUUAUGUUCUCAAAAUAUUCUACGAGGACACCUGUUAAAUUUCAAUGUAUUGGUUAAACAACACCAGUGUGUAUAAAGAAGGGGACUGAGCCCAGUAGACUACAUUAAAUCUGAAGAGACAUUGUUUCAAAUUGAGGGGUGUUGUAGCUUGGCUUGUGUUGCUGUACUGUCUGUCUGGGACAUGGGCUCAGGUGGAGAGUGGAGAGGACAGAGAGAAGAAUAUCACUGAACAGGCUCAGAGAGACGGAUGAAAGAGCAAGGAGAGUCAUGCUGAAUAGUCGACCACCCAGCCUGAUAUCUGGACUGAGCUGAAGGUGCUGAGGAACAUGGUGGUGGAACAGAGAGUGAAGCUGAGGAACGUGGUGGUGCAACAGAGAGUGGAGCUGAGGAACGUGGUGUUGCAACAGAGAGUGGAGCUGAGGAACGUGGUGGUGGAACAGAGAGUGAAGCUGAGGAACGUGGUGUUGCAACAGAGAGUGGAGCUGAGGAACGUGGUGGUGGAACAGAGUGAAGCUGAGGAACAUGGUGGUGGAACAGGGAGUGGAGCUGAGGAACAUGGUGGUGGAACAGAGAGUGGAGCUGAGGAACAUGGUGGUGGAACAGAGAGUGGAGCUGAGGAACAUGGUGGUGGAACAGAGAGUGGAGCUGAGGAACAUGGUGGUGAAACAGAGUGGAGCUGAGGAACAUGGUGGUGAAACAGAGAGUGGAGCUGAGGAACAUGGUGGUGAAACAGAGUGGAGCUGAGGAACAUGGUGGUGAAACAGAGAGUGGAGCUGAGGAACAUGGUGGUGGAACAGAGAGUGGAGCUGAGGAACAUGGUGGUGGAACAGAGAGUGGAGCUGAGGAACAUGGUGGUGGAACAGAGAGUGGAGCUGAGGAACAUGGUGGUGGAACAGAGAGUGGAGCUGAGGAACAUGGUGGUGGAACAGAGAGUGGAGCUGAGGAACAUGGUGGUGAAACAGAGUGGAGCUGAGGAACAUGGUGGUGAAACAGAGAGUGAAGCUGAGGAACAUGGUGGUGGAACAGAGAGUGAAGCUGAGGAACGUGGUGGUGCAACAGAGUGAAGCUGAGGAACAUGGUGGUGGAACAGAGAGUGAAGCUGAGGAACAUGGUGGUGGAACAGAGUGGAGCUGAGGAACAUGGUGGUGAAACAGAGAGUGGAGCUGAGGAACAUGGUGGUGAAACAGAGAGUGAAGCUGAGGAACAUGGUGGUCGAACAGAGAGUGGAGCUGAGGAACAUGGUGGUGGAACAGAGAGUGGAGCUGAGGAACAUGGUGGUGGAACAGAGAGUGGAGCUGAGGAACAUGGUGGUGGAACAGAGAGUGGAGCUGAGUAUCACUAAGACUGAACUGCAGUUCUACAAGAACAAGGUGGAGGAACUGGAGAGACAGAACACAGGUAAAGUAAGACAGCUGUAUCUAAUGUGGUUACUGUAAUCAGCAGAGUAGUGGUGUGUUGAAUUCAACAGUUUCUUUGUAUGAUAUUGUAGAAUUUCAGGCCAGAGUGAGAGCCUGGUAGAGGAGCUGAAGACAGAGAAUGCAGGUAAUGUAGAGAUUUAAAUAAUACAGUAUGUAAAGAGGAUGUUAUAUAUUUGGUCCAAAUCAGACAAGGAACAGGUUCCCAAAAUUGUUCCUAUAUUAGUAAUUUCAGCCCAAGCGGCUACAGGUAGCCGACUGCUUGUUUACACACCAAUCUACAUGUAUAAACACACAUGUCCAAUGAGACCAGAUACAGACAGAGUCCAACAUCACUAACAGGCUGCUCCAGUGUCUGGUGGCUUUGAGAGACUGAUAGUGUUGAUCUGUUAUUCCUCUGAUACAGGUGUCUUCAGUGCUCCAGUGUCUGGUGGCUUUGAGAGACUGAUAGUGUUGAUCUGUUAUUCCUCUGAUGCAGGUGUCUUCAGUGCUCCAGUGUCUGGUGGCUUUGAGAGACUGAUAGUGUUGAUCUGUUAUUCCUCUGAUGCAGGUGUCUUCAGUGCUCCAGUGUCUGGUGGCUUUGAGAGACUGACUGUGUUGAUCUGUUAUUCCUCUGAUGCAGGUGUCUUCAGUGCUCCAGUGUCUGGUGGCUUUGAGAGACUGACUGUGUUGAUCUGUUAUUCCUCUGAUGCAGGUGUCUUCAGUGCUCCAGUGUCUGGUGGCUUUGAGAGACUGACUGUGUUGAUCUGUUAUUCCUCUGAUACAGGUGUCUUCAGUGCUCCAGUGUCUGGUGGCUUUGAGAGACUGAUAGUGUUGAUCUGUUAUUCCUCUGAUGCAGGUGUCUUCAGUGCUCCAGUGUCUGGUGGCUUUGAGAGACUGAUAGUGUUGAUCUGUUAUUCCUCUGAUGCAGGUGUCUUCAGUGCUCCAGUGUCUGGUGGCUUUGAGAGACUGAUAGUGUUGAUCUGUUAUUCCUCUGAUGCAGGUGUCUUCAGUGCUCCAGUGUCUGGUGGCUUUGAGAGACUGAUAGUGUUGAUCUGUUAUUCCUCUGAUGCAGGUGUCUUCAGUGCUCCAGUGUCUGGUGGCUUUGAGAGACUGAUAGUGUUGAUCUGUUAUUCCUCUGAUACAGGUGUCUUCAGUGCUCCAGGGUCUGGUGGCUUUGAGAGACUGACUGUGUUGAUCUGUUAUUCCUCUGAUACAGGUGUCUUCAGUGCUCCAGUGUCUGGUGGCUUUGAGAGACUGACUGUGUUGAUCUGUUAUUCCUCUGAUGCAGGUGUCUUCAGUGCUCCGGUGAGAGGAGUACAUGGUCUUUGGGUUGUUCAGGAAUGACAGAAGGUGACAGUAUCUCUCCAAUUCUGGGACUCUUGAACUGAAGGAGGGGACUUGGUUUACAUGAAUGAGUCUCUUAUCAGGCUAAAGGAUCUAUGAUGAUUCUAAUAAACACAGCUCCUUCAGUGACUUCCUGCUCUUUCCUAUGUGAGAUGAACACCACAAAAGCUGUAAUAAAAAGUCCAAUCUGUUAUGACAUUCCAUGAAACGUUAUGACGCUAAAAUAAAAUGACUUAACGUCUUCUGUUGUGUUGACGUUUGACUGUAUUUACUAUGAUAUAGAUGAAUGUUAUUCAGCUCAGUAGUUUGGGUGGAAGGCAAGGGGUCAGCGUUGGGGGUUAGAGUGGUAAUAUAUUUAUUGUAUGUAACUACAGACUGAAUUAAAUAACAGUACAGAUCAACAGUCAGUUUAACUGAUCAUUUCAAGCAGAAAUUGAUCAAUUACGAUGCUAAAGUGAAUGUUUAAGUGAUAAAUCACAUCCACUUCAUUCAUUCUCUGCUUAAUGAUAACACUAGCAGCCCAUUUAGCCUAUUAAAGCUAUACUGCUCCCAUAUUGAUCUGUUACACCUAUCCAUCUACUAACCGACAUACAGGCUGGUCAGUAUCACCAAACACAGACAGCAAACUUUAAAGGUACAAUCCUGAGUUUGUGUCAGCCCAACAGCAGCCCAUCCACUUGGUUUGGUGUGAAGCUUAGAGAUGGGUCUAGUCCUGCUUGGUAACAUUAUUCCUAAAUAAGUUUCAAAAGUUGCACUACAUGGCAGUUUGGAACUCAGUAGUGAGUGUUGAAACUGAGGGCAGACACUUUUUACGCGCUACACCCUUCAGCACUCGGCAGUCCCGUCCUGUGAGCUUGUGUGGCCUACCACUUCAUGGCUGAGCCGUUGUUGCUCCUAGACGUUUCCACUUCACAAUAACAGCACUUACAGUUGACCGGGGCAGCUCUAGCAGGGCAGAAAUUUGACAAACUGACUUGUUGGAAAGGUAGCAUCCUAUGACGGUGCCACGUUGAAAGCAGUUCUUUGUGUAAGUGAAGAAUAUAAAUGACUGAGUAAUGUGUACAUGUUUAAGUUCCUCCCUGGUAUAUCCGGAGAGUUAACUUCCUUGUAAUUGCUUGAAUAAAAUCUUAACUUGAAAAUGAGCUCUGCUUGAUCCUUGGAACAAUUUUUUUCUUCAACAGUAUACACAGAGGACAGGUGUAGAAAAGCACUAUGCCAGAGUGCCGGGGUUAAGGAGGUGACGGGAGUGUCAGGGAGGGAAACUAAAUAUGCCCCUCGUACACUCACACACACCUACACUCACACACACUCCACAUCUUGAUUCUGGUCUCAGGACUUUCCCUGGGGGGUGUGACCAAAGGUUAUUAUUAGUGUCUGUCUCAACCGUCUUUCUCUCUCUCUCAAUCUCCUGUAUCCUUCUCAUAUCUCUCCUUCCCUAUCUACUUUCUCCUUAUCUGUCUGUCUCUUUGCUUCUCUGUUCCGUCUUCAUCGGUUCAUCUAAUCUAUCUUUCUCUCUCAUCUUGUUUCAUUCGUACUUCACUCUCUUACUUUUGUCUCUUCUCUGCCACUCUAUUUUUCUUUUUGCUGUUUUCUCUUCCCUCUUGACUUUUGUCUGUUCUGUCUUCCUCUGCACUGCUUUUUGCUCUGUCAUUAGUUUCUGUCUCCUCUCUUCAGUCGUCUUUCCUUUUCCUGUUUCACUGUCUGUGGACUUUAUCCUUCCUUCUUCGCUGUCUUCUUUACCUACACUGUAUCUUCCUCCCUCUUUCCCUUAACUCCUUAAUUCCCUCUCUGUUCUGAGUUAUGGGGAAGACAGAGUUGUACUCUGUGUAUAAGAGCUUCCUGGACUGUCUCUGCCUCUCUCGGAGCAGCAGUGAGGGGCCAGGGAAGAACGAGAAGGCCCCUGAUGAUGGUCACCUGGCCUACCAGAAUGGAGACGUUCUACAAGAGAGAUAUGAGGUUAUCAGUCUGUUGGGAGAGGGCACCUUUGGGAAGGUGGUGACGUGUGUGGACCGGCGCAGGGCUGGGGCACGUGUAGCUCUGAAGAUCAUUAAGAACAUGGAGAAGUACAGACAAGCUGCUAAACUGGAGAUCAAUGUCCUGGAGAAAAUCAAUGAGAAAGACCCACACAACAAACAUCAAUGUGUUCAGAUGCUGGACUGGUUUGACUACCAUGGUCAUGUGUGUAUCUCCAUGGAGCUGCUAGCCCUCAGCACUUUUGACUUCCUGAAGGAGAACAACUUCCUGCCGUACUGUAUGGAUCACGUCCGCCAGAUGGCCUACCAGAUCUGCCUCGCUGUCAACUUUCUCCAUAUCAACAAGCUGACCCACACUGACCUCAAACCUGAGAACAUCCUGUUUGUCAACUCUGACUACACCAUCACUUACAACGCUGAGAAGGUGAGAGGGAGGGCUUUAUCCUUCCUUCAUCACUCUCUUCUUCACCUACGCUGUAUCUGGGGGUUUCUCCUUUGGGCAAAAGACUGUCCUCUGUCCUCUCUCCUCUGUCCUCUGUCCUCUCUCCUCUGUCCUCUGUCCUCUCUCCUCUGUCCUCUGUCCUCUGUCCUCUCUCCUCUGUCCUCUCUCCUCUCUCCUCUGUCCUCUCUCCUCUGUCCUCUGUCCUCUCUCCUCUGUCCUCUGUCCUCUCUCCUCUGUCCUCUGUCCUCUGUCCUCUCUCCUCUGUCCUCUCUCAUCUGUCCUCUGUCCUCUCUCCUCUGUCCUCUCUCCUCUGUCCUCUCUCAUCUGUGACCCGGAAACCGAUGAGUGGUCGAGGAGUGUGUCAAUUUAUUAGUAGGCAAAGAAGAGUGUCGUCCCCUCCUCGAUAGCCACUUUUCAUUGAGGACACUCAUGUCUACAGUAUCCUACUGCAGAAGAGUUUUGACUUCUGCCACACCCCAUUUGAAAUAUACCACACCUCAUUUGAAAUAUACCACACCCCAUUUGAAAUAUACCACACCCCAUUUUAAAUAUACCACACCCCAUUUGAAUCAGGUUUGGUUUUGUCAGAGGAGAAAACACACUUUAAAAACAAUAUGCUACGUAUUGUUUUAACCAUAAACUGUUUUACGUCUUAAUUUGUUUUGAUCACUUUAAACAUUUAUUUUGGGAUCCACCCCUGUAAACGUCAUUUGCCUGAUGUGUGGAGAAGGACCGUCUCAUUUCAACCCCGGUCACUCUCCUUGCCAAUCCUCCGAGAUUAACUUUUACCUUUUUCAAAAUGAGGCGAUAGAGGACGGAGGAUAGAAGACUGAGGAUAGAAGACUGAGGAUAGAGGGCGGAGGAGAGAGGGCGGAAAUAGAGGGCGGAGGACAGAGGGCGGAGGACAGAGGGCGGAGGACAGAGGGCGGAGGACAGAGGGCGGAGGACAGAGACGCAGGAUAGAGGGCGGAGGAUGGAGGGCGGAGGAGAGAGGACGGAGGAGAGAGGGCGGAGGAGAGAGGGCGGAGGAGAGAGGCGCAGGAUAGAGGGCAGGGGAUGGAGGACGGAGGAGAGAGGACGGAGGAGAGAGGACGGAGGAGAGGGCAGAGGAUAGUGGACUGAGGAGAGAGGAUGAAGGAGAGAGGGCGGA